UUUCUUUUUGUUUGUUUGUCUUAUAUGUAGUUGUGAUCACUGCACUCUGAGCUCUGAUUAUGUCAACUAAUGAAGGAGUGGCAGAUAUGAACGUCUGCAUUCUUGUGCUGUCUUCCCGGGCCUAGUCCGACUUGUAGUGUUAAAACAAUGUCCAACUCGUACAAGAGUUUGAUGUUGAUCAACCAGUUUAACGGCAAAAACAAGGGACGCUGCACUCCAAAAAGGAGUUUCUCUCAUUAGUUGCAUACUCGGGCUCUGCAAUAUUGGUAAAAAAUGACAGUGCGAUAUAUUUUGUGAUGUUAAAAAGGAUUGCAGAUUAGUAGUUUAAUUAACCUGCUCUCGGGAGAUGGAUGGGUAGAUGUAAAUGACACACAGAGGACACGACGUGUGCACCGAUGGAAAUGUUCACAAGCAGACGACGUCAUCUGUGAGGGAAUUUGGACUGUGGCAGCAUGGCAAAGACUCCAUGGCCCAAUGGUACAGAGUGUAUGGCAAGAGACAGCUUUAAAGGCUCAUUGGAGCACCACCUCCCCUUUCAUGGAGGAGAUCUAUUAACUAUUGUUGCGACAACACAGGAUCCAGAGUGGUGUAUAGCUAAAAAUGAAGCAGGUCGUGAAGGAACAGUUCCCACCAGCCACAUUCAGAAACGCCGUCGGAACGUUGCACCUGUGGAAAAUCCCAACGAGCUCAAUCUUAUGCCAUGGUUCCAUGGCAAAAUAACACGGGACCAGGCUGAGGACUUGCUCUCCCCACCGGAGAAGGGCCUAUUCUUGGUGAGAGAGAGCACCAACUAUCCAGGGGACUACACACUGUGUUUGAGCACCGACGACAGAGUGGAGCACUACCACAUUAAAUACGGCAACGGCAAGCUUUCCAUCGAUGAGGAAGUCUACUUUAGCAACCUCAUCCAGCUGGUUGAGCACUACAAAAGCAGUUCUGAUGGGCUGUGCACUUGUCUAAUCAAUCCAAAAUUGGAAGGGAAAACUGUAGCUGCCCAAAAUGAAUUUUUGAGAGGUGGUUGGGUGAUGAACAGAAAGGAACUGAAGUUACUGAAGACCAUUGGAGGGGGCGAGUUCGGAGAAGUCAAGUUGGCUGAGUACAAUAAGAAGCAAGUCGCUGUGAAGAGCCUCAAAAAUAAUCCCACAGCGCAGGCCUUUAUUGCAGAGGCCUCUGUCAUGAUACAAUUAAGUCACAAUAACUUGGUGAAGCUGCUUGGAGUGAUUACAGAGGAGGACGGCGGUUUGCUCAUUAUUACUGAAUAUAUGAGAAAGGGUACCUUGGUGGACUACCUGCGUUCUAGAGGACGGACGGUCCUCACUAGUGUUACUCUUAUGAAUUUUGCACUAGACGUCUGUGAGGCCAUGGUGUAUUUGGAGUCUAAUAACUUUGUGCACCGAGACCUUGCAGCGCGUAAUGUUCUCCUAUCAGAGGAGCUCAUUGCUAAAAUCAGUGACUUUGGUUUGACCAAGAAGGUGUCUUCUCUUGAGCAUACCAACCUACUGCCAGUCAAAUGGACAUCACCGGAAGCUCUCAAAGAAAAGAAAUUCUCCACCAAAUCAGAUGUUUGGAGUUUUGGUAUUUUGCUUUGGGAGAUUUACUCGUUUGGUCGAAUGCCAUACCCGAAAAUUGAAUCAAAAAAUGUGGGGCCUCUUUUGGAGAAGGGAUACCGGAUGCCUUCUCCGGACGGGUGUCCCGAAGUAAUUUACGAAAUCAUGAAUCACAGAUGCUGGCAGUUGAACCCUGAAUUUCGACCAACAUUUAAAUUGUUGAAAGAGUGGCUAUUGGGUGUAAAAAAAGAUCUCCGACAAAUGGGCACACAGCUCUGACGAGACACUGCGUCUUCAACUUUCAUCUUGGAUUGUGGGAGGAGGAAACCUCAGUGGAUUCAUUAUUUGACAGUUUUCAUCUUAUACCAGUAGAGAUGUGUCUCUUACAGUACAUUUUUUAACCUUGUUUAUUUUCUGAUUUGAGAAAGUUUCAUCACACUCCAUUGUGUGUUGAGUCUGAAUGUUAGACUGCAUCAAACAAAUGAGGACUAAGUGAAUUGUUGCUCAUGCAUCGUUCAAUACCUGAUAUUAAAACACAGCAAAGCCUUUAACGAUGAAUGUGAACCAGAUGUAGAGAUUUUGUGGGUCAGGGGAACCACGAAGAUGUUGAAGUUGCUGUGAGGGGGCAAAAAAAA